CUUCGCCAGACCUUCAUGGCCUUUUCCCUUCCAGGCCUGAAGAAGCUCCGUCGGCAGCGGACCAUGGAGGAGGUGAAGGAGGUGAAGGACCCGCUGGAAGCGAUGCCAUCGUCCUCGGACGAAGAGGAGGACAUCGACACCAUGAGGGACGACCUCCAGGCCACCAAGAGCCAGCUCGCCGAGGAGAUCAAGCAGAGGAAGAAGAUCGAGCGCGAAAACAAGAUUUUAAAGAUCGACAUCGAGAGCCUGCAGGCGGAGGUGAAGAAGCUGAAGCGGCAGCUGAAGGAGGCCGGUGCGGUGGAGCCGAAGCCCCUGAAGAGCAGCGAGGCAGAGGAGAUCGUGCCGAAGCUCGAGAAGUCCAUGAGCAAACUGCGCAUGCGCGAGGACGACCUCGACUUCACCGAGCUGGACACGCUGGAGACCGAGAUCAACAACCUGAAGCGGGAGGUCGACUUCCACAAGAAGCAAGCCGAGGACUACCUCACGCGCUACGACGAGGUCACGCAGAAGCUCAUCGUCUCCGAGAACAGCGCGGACGAGUGGGAGCUGCGAGGCAAUUACUACGAGAAGAAGUACAAGGCCCUGCAGAAGGAGCACAACAUCGAACUGCCGGACAUCGACACCAUUGGGACGCAGACGGACCCCGUGGACUUCGUGGAGGCGCCGCCGUCGUCGCCCGUGGGCGAUGACGACGACGACGACGACGAUGACGACGCGGCCUUCCCCGUGCCGUCCAAGUCAGGCUCGCGAAGGAGCUUUGCGUCCUCCGUCCACAGGAUGGAGAGCUUCAAGGAGGAAGAUGAAGAGGACGAAGAGGAAGAGGAGGAAGACGAGGAGGAGGAAGAAGAGGAAGAGGAAGAAGAAGAAGAGGAGGAAGAGGAGGAGGAAGAGGAAGCAGAAGAGGAAGGAGAGGAGGUCGAUGAAGAAACGGCAGCGGAGAGAAGAGCCGAGAAUGCACAGAAGAAGAAGGACAGAGACCUGAAGCUGUGGCAGAACAAGCUGGAACACAUGAAGGACCGCGAGACGAACAUUCGCAAGGAAAGGAGCAGCCUGAGGGAGAGAAUAAAGAAAUACUUCCGCGACAUCCAGGCCGAGAGAGAAGGCUACAUGAAGAUCAAGGCGGAAAUCGACGAGAUGGCGAAGCUAAUGAAGGAGGGCGUGGAGAGCGAGCCAGAGUCGGAGUCGGAGGAAGACGAGGAAGAGGAAGAGGAGGAGGAGGAGGAGGGAGCGCCGCCAGCAGACCCCGACGACAACGCCGGCUGGUGGUUCGACGAGCCCAACCAGAAGCCAAAGAAGCUGAAGAAGAGAAAGAAGAGGAACAACCGCGGAAAAGAGAGGGAAGAAGAGGAGAUGGUGGACUUGUCGCAACUCGUGGAACCGGAAUGGAGCGACAGCGAAGAGGAGGAGAGUGAGAGCGACAACGAGGAGAACGAAUUCGAGAGCAGAAUAUCCAGCCUGCAGGAUCGGACGAAGAAGCACGAGCUGUCCAUGAACGCCAUGAAGAAGGACAAUUACGUGCUGAAGGCGCAGGUGGAGCGGUGCGAGGAGAUGUUCGACGUGGAGAAGAGACGGCACAAGCGGUUGAAUGAGGAACUUCACAUUAUGUUAUCGGAACUCUCGUAGCCUUUGUCCCCUUCGUUCAGAUUUUUUAUGUCUCUCACUUUGUCUUUGUCUUUAUUUCUCCAUCUUUUUCUCUCUAGGAUAUGUAAUAAAUGACUCAAAUUUUUAUUUUAGAUUUGUAAGUAGAGAGUAUAAAUGCUUCUUCGUUUUGUUUUGUUGUUGUGUAUAUGAAGGGUUGUAUGAGCAAUGAUGUGAAUGCGGAUUACAUUGUUUUAGUAUAAGCAAAUGUCUGCUUUGUUCUCCACCGUGUGGCAGCUUCAUAUUGAGUGCAGAUAUUGUAACUUUUAAAUAGCAUUAGUCUUUUUAUCUUAUGCAUUCUGCUACAUUUUCUGUAUUUGGAAACAAUAAUAAAACUCCCUUCUUCCCUUAUUUGCAGUAAUAAAAAUGCUAUACAGACAGGCCUGUGCAUAUUAAAAUGGAAGAGAAAUUUAAUGUGAUAAAUUGAUUUUAAAAAAUAUAUUGAGUGUAACACAAGGAUGCGUGCUCGAACAGAACACCCUAAGGAUCAAGCAGAUGUCCUUCUUAAUAGGUUCUGCAACAGCAUCCAUGGGACCAAGGCAAGGCAGACCGUGAUAGCUGUUGCAAUUCUCCAUAACUUGGGUAUUUCUGCCAUUUUAUUGGAAUUACUUCAUUUUUCAUUACAUUGUUUGAUAUGUACUUUUUCUUCUUUUCAUGUGACAAGAAAAACUGUCAAUUAAGAAAUACAUUUCUUUGUAUUUCAUACAUUUUCAUCAUAAUUUACUUAUUUUUCAAACGUGACAAGCGAAGUAGCUCAUUUCCAAGAGAAAAAAAAUAAACUCGUCAAACCAUGACAUCGAUCUAUACUUUUCAUGUUUGUUUUUCUUUUUUUAAUAAUACAAGUAUGCAUCAUCAUUCUUCCUUCCUUCUUUUUCACUUCUCUUCCAAGAAAAGCUUCUCUCUAAAAUGAUUUGAGUGUAUGGUGUCCUCUUGUCCGAUAGCGUCUAACCAAUGUCAAUCUGAAGGUGCGUCUCUCUGCCACCUCUCCAGCGGAAAUAGGUCGGCCGGCAAUUCAAUACUUUGUGUGUAGGCACUAGAAGCCUUUUCAGAUUUUUAAAAGUUUAAUAUGCAUGACAUUUUACAACUAAAAUAGAUUAUGAAUCUAAUAAAUUAUGGCAGGAUCAUA